AUGCUACAGACAACAACAUCUCUUCUUCUGGUCACCAUAGCUGCUUGCGUCGUGGGAAGCACGGGUGAGUCAAGACGGCAAAAUGCCGAAUUUUCCCUCAACUUGCUUCGAGAGCUACCACAAAACAAGUCAACAAACACCGUCUUUUCGCCCAUCGGUGCGUUCAUUCCCCUCGCUAUCCUGAACAGCGGGGCCAAUGGAGAAACGGGGCAAGAAAUUCAACGUGUCCUCAGCUCCACAAAAACCCAUAGUCGAGAAGAUCUUCUGUCGUCGUUCCAGGCCUUCUACGAGACGGUCUACCAUCACGACGCCAACAACUCGUACUUAGAGCAGGCCAACGUGUUCGUUGUCAAAAAAGAAACGAAGAAGAAACUACGGCCAGCGUUCAGGAAACUCCUGGACAAGGGCAACGUCCUCCAUGCCUCCAUGUGGGAGAUGAGUGGCCAGCUGCCCUUCCAAAUUGAUCAGUGGGUGGGUGCCGAGACUAACAAGAAAAUAACGCACAUUCUGGACGCAGAUGCCCUUGACCAGAACACAGUGAUGCUCGCCGUAAACGUAAUCCGGUUCAAGGGAUUGUGGUCAAGCAAGUUUGAACAACGACUCAACUCUAUAGACACGUUUCACAACGCAGAUGGAACCGCAGUGCCAACAACCUUCAUGUUUAAGAGGUUCAAGACAGGGUACCACUUCGACGAGGACCUCAAGACCCACGUCGUGGCGUUGCCGUACCAGAAACUCCGAGCCCGUUUCAUCAUAUUCCUUCCGUUAGAGCCAGCAAGACUAGACGACCUGAAGAGCAAGCUGUCAGCGACGAGGUGGCGGUCUACUCUGCAAAGGCUGGACAAGAGGAAUGUCGCUUUGUCGUUGCCAAAGUUCAAGCUGUCCUCCAGGUACGAUCUCGUAGGACCACUGAAGAAGUUGGGCAUCAAUAUCCUCUUCGGUCGCGGUGCCGAUCUGUCGGGCAUCGACGGCGACAGGGACCUCUUCGUAAGUGGCUUCCUCCAGGUGUCUAAGCUUCAGGUUGACGAAGCCGGGAGCGAAGCAGAGAGUGUGACUGUGGUCAAGGUGUCCGGGAAGUCGGCCGAAACAGCGGCAACGGUGACAGUCGACCAUCCUUUCCUCUUUUUUAUUACCGCCGGUGCGGAUGACGUGGUGCUGUUUGCAGGACAGGUAAACCAUAUAGAAAAGGCUUGA